AUCGCUUCCUUCCACAAGCCGUCUGUUCUCUCUCCCGCUGUCGAGCCGGUUUCCAUCCCCGCCUAGACCCAAACCCCAACCCCACCGCGCGCGGCGGAGCAAAGACGAACCCCGCCAUCUCGCCGGGCGGUCUCCCGAGCUCUACCCCUAAUCCCUAGUCAUCGGCACGGGCGGCCCCCGCCGCGCCCAAUGGGGAAGCGGCCGCCGCUCGUCGUCCUGUCCUCUUCCUCCGACGACGAUGGCGGCGGGGGCCGUUGCACGGCUAGCCGCGGCCCGUCGACGCGCAAGACAAGGACUCCCGCGACGGCGCCGCCGGCGAAGCAGGCGCCGAGCAGCUCGAGGAAGAAGCCGCGGCGCGGGAGCAGCGGGGGAAGGGGGCGCCGUCGUGCUUCGGAAACCGCGCUGUCCGGCUCCCUGAAGGAUGAAUUCGACAUGCUAACUGAAGAUUUUUCGGAAUGUCUAAAUGACUUGGGUGUGUCAGGGUCUAUGCGUCAAACGGAAGAGCUUUGGAUUGACAAGUAUAAACCACUCUCAUUGGGAGAGCUUGCUGUUCACAAAAAGAAGGUUGAAGAUGUAAAGAACUGGUUGGAAGAAAAGCUGAAGGCACCAAAGGGAACAUUUGGAGGACGGAGUCUUGUCCUUACUGGCCAAGCUGGUGUUGGAAAAUCUGCAACUGUCAAAGCGAUUGCUGCUGAGAUAGGAGCUGACUUAUGUGAGUGGACAACCCCAGUACCAACACUAUGGGCUGAGCUUGUGCAUGCUAAUUCAGAACUUGAGUAUGUAUCCAAGUUGGAAGAAUUUGAAAAUUUUGUGAACAAGAUAAGGAAAUACUCAUUGCUUUCUCCAACCAGCAUUGGAUCCCCAAAAAAGCUAAUUAUCAUUCUGAUUGAUGACAUCCCUGUAACAAGUGGAAAAGCUUCAUUUGCAAGACUGGGGAAAUGUUUAACAGGACUAAUUCAAAGUACUCAAAUACCAACUGUCAUUUCACUUACUCACCAUCACAAAAAUGAGGCUAAUGAUACUGCAACGUGGAACUCCGAGGAACUUGAGUCCUUGCUUCAAGGUGCUGGUGCUCAUAAGAUUGUUUUCAAUCCGGUAACCGUAAGUUCUAUAAAAAAAAUUCUUCUUAGGAUAUGCAAACAAGAAAGCUCUGGCACAACUGAAGAAUUAGUGCAUCAAAUUGCUACAUCUUGUGGAGGUGAUAUCAGACAUGCGAUAAUGUCUCUUCAAUACUAUUGUCUUAAUCCACGAAGGCUAGAUUCUGCAUUGGCAAUAAGUGCUUCUUUGUCGGAUUUAAAGGGUCAUGCUACUCUAGCUCCAGCGCAGGACUGUUAUGGCCUUGGCUCUGUAAUUCAUUCUCCAUGCGGAAGGGAUGAGACACUUACAUUAUUUCAUGCAUUAGGGAAGUUUUUGCACAAUAAAAGGGAAACACAUGGUGAUGUCAACAUUGAUCUGGAUUCAUUUUCUCUCAAAGAACAGCUAAGAAGGAAUCCACUAAAAAUGGAUGUUCCAGAGAUGAUUCUUUCUCAAGCACACGGAAAAGUACGGACUGUUGCUGACUUUCUACAUGAAAAUGUUGUUGAUUUCAUCGACGAUGAUGCUGUUGAUGAUGCAUGGGUUGUGAUGUCAUAUUUGAGUGAGGCAGACUGCCUUCUUGCUGGCAGUCCAAUCGCAUCGGCUCGUUGGACUGUAAAUGAAUCAAAUGAGUCAGAAAACAUGUCACAACUUAUUGCUGCUUCUGUUGCAGCACGAGGAGUUCUUUUUGGAAAUGCACAUCCCUCACCCUCAAGAUGGCAUACAAUACGCAGCCCGAAGGUCUGGCAAAUUGAGCGUACAUUUCGAUCCACAAAGGGUCUGAUUCUUAAAGAAAGAUUUGAUCCGUCCAGCACGUCUGGUUCUCGCAACUUCUCCGACGUGGUCACUGACUUCAGGCCUUUCGAGAGAUGGAUAAGCCCCCACAAUGAUAUGGCCAGAAACAACCCCUCGCGCCACGACGUCGCAGGUGGCCCAAACUCCAUUGAUAUGCUUGGUGCUGAAGGGAGUAACUGUGAAGAAGAUGAAGAUGAGAUAGAAGAAUGGUAAAAGUAUAACCAUGCUGAUCUAUCUCAUAUCAGAUGUAAUCUAGUUUGGUAGAGAGAUUUUUCUUUUGAGGGGUUUUGGUAGAGAUCUUUAGGAACUACUACCUCUGUAACUAAGUACUAUAAGACGCUUUUGAAGUUUAAAUUGAACUGCAAAAACAUCUUAUAUUUAGUUACGGAGCUAGUAUAGUAGAGCAACAUGUAAAACGUCAGAAGUACCUCUGAGUGUGUUUUUGGCCAUGUUCGUUAUUUCUGCGCA